GAUGGGCUAUGAGAGUGCAUGCAUUUAUACUAACCUAACGGCCAGAUAGCGAGACCCAUCACCCUGAUUCAUCUAUCGAUCGGUAAAAGGACUUGUUUCUAAUGUCUUCCGUGGUCCUCACUUAGAGAUUGCAUUACUUGUGUUUUGACUGGAUUCUUAAAAAACAAUAUUCAAAUUUGAACCGAACUUUGAAGGAACGGAGAAUAAACCCGGACGAUGCCCAGCGAACGGAAGCACGGGGGUCAUGGGGGUCACGGGGGUCACGGUCGCCAUGACCACGGCGGAGGUCACGGUUCAACGAAAACAAGUAAACGUCCAUCUUCCUCUGCUAAAAAACGAACGGCGCCUGCAGAAGAUAAAGAGGAAGAAGUGAUAGCAUCCGUGCAGUCAGUAAACGAGAUUAACGGUAAUUCUCGCGAGAGCGGGGGAAAUGACAUCACAGAUAUGGAGGAAGUGACAAAUGGACUCAAAGCGGAAGAAAGUACAUCAGAAGCAGAGGACACUGCAAAAAGAGACGAAGACGAUGCAAAACCGGAAGUGACGAUAACAGAACCGGAAGACAGUGCAAAUGAAGACAGGGAACUCUGGGCGGAGAAAUCGAGAGAAGAUGACGGAUUCAACAUCCGAUCGUUUAACGACAACAUUCUGGAGUUUACGGAAAUCUUUGAUUCUGAUCGCUAUAAGAAUGUGGACGAGGAUUACCCGGUGGAGGAUCUAAUAGGCGUGGUGGCGCAGAUCUCAAACACCAUCGAGGAAUUCAAACAGCAGACGCAGAACAGUCAGCAGCAGCUCGAGGGGCUACGAAUGAAAAUGAAGCAAGUCAAGGAAAACAUCCAAUUCAGUGUAUCCCGAAAGGCUUUCGAUAUCAGAACAGAUGAUGACCUGCAAAGCGUCGAAGAACGAGAGUUGACCGAAAAACUAGCUAAACUGAAUGCAGAAAUUGCGAAAGCCAACUCUGAUCUGUCCGAGGCACUGAAAUUAUCCGCUGAAACCGAAAGCACAGCCGUCCGUGCUCAGAUAGCAGCGGAAAGGGCAAAGGAAGAGGCGAAACGAAUAGAGGAAGAGGUAGAGUUGCGCGCGCAACAGGAAGAGAGGAGAAAACGCGAAGAGGCAAAAAAGAUGGAGGAGUUGCGAAAGCAACAGGAAGAGGAAGCUCGUAAACAAGAAGAAGAGAAAAGAGCGAAAGAAGCCGAAUGGAAGCGGCGGGAAACAGCUGGGACGGAGAAAGCCGCAGUUUGGGAAAACUGGCCUGCACACGAAAUGCAACUAUCGGGUAGCAGCGAUCUUGCUUGCAUUAUUCGCGGCAAACCUAACAGCUUUGAUGAGUCAUCAGUCACGUGCAAAGAAAUUGACCAAUUAGAUAUCGACCUGAUAUACGGGCCUCAAGAAGAACUGAUGGGCAGCAUCAUUCAACUGGCUCCUACGUCAGAGAACAUUAAGUUACAGAGUCCCAUUUACGUGGCUAUUCCUUUCACAAUUUCCCGAGCGAGCGGUCAUUCCCGAGAGGCCUUUGUAAAGGCGGACAUUAAAGGAGAGUGGCGAGAGAUUCCGAGUACGGAAGUGACGUAUGACAACCAUAAGGAUUUGAAAUUCGUCCAAGUGGAAAUUAAAGAUUUUCUGACACUAGCAGUGAUGACACGACUGAAGAGAGAUUACGUCACGUUUUCCAAGCGACCGUCCAAACUGACGUCAUCGUGUGACCACCGAAUCACAGUAACGGUUGCCAGGGACACAUUCUACAGAAAAGAACACAUCUUACUUCAGGUACAGCCGGUGGACUCGGCAACAGUACACGAUCUCCAGUCCAAAAACGGGAACUGUAAACACCUGCUGGCCUCCAGUCCCAUCCUACAGACGCAGUGGGAGUCCCACGAGUUCCACAAACCCAUAGUGAUAACGUUACCAUGUCCCCCGAACCCCGCAAAGGCGCGAAAAAUCGCCCAGAUGAGGAAACUGAAAGAGGAGAAGAUGAAGAAUCCGCAGAAGAUCAACCCCCUCCCACUGGACGUUAGAGAGAAGGAGGAAAACCAGGGAAAGCAGAACAAGACCAAACCUAAAAAGAAGACGCUCCAAGAACAGCUGGCGGAAAUCAAUGCGCCACCGGAAGAAGAGAAACCGAAACCGACCAAGUGGUACAUGGGGGACUACGCCCACAACGACGAUGACGAAAACGAUAAUCUGUAUCUGGUGGCGCGGACCGGAACAGGAAAAUGGUUUGUCGUGCCGGAAGUGGACAUCGCGCAAGUCAAGUUGGAUCUGCUGCAGUUUACUAUCGAAAAACCUUUAGAGCAGUUCAUGGUCCUACGUGUUCGAACCAACACAGAAGAGGAACUGCUUCCGUUCAUGUCGUCCGCCAUCUUUGAAUUGCUACAAAAACGAUAUGUUCAAGUUGUAAUCAAACAGAGAUCUGAUAAUCCGUUUGACACACGGCUCGAAGUAGCUCCCGUCAGCCGAAUCAACAAAGUAAUCAAGCAUUUGAACGAAGACGGAUUUGAAGACGGACCGGAUCCGAGUCAGAUAGUAGGCGUUUGCGAAGGGGACAUCAUCGAAAUCAACUUCCGGGGCAAUAUUCAAAAUAACUCUAGCGUGAAAUGUCCGAAAUUUGUGUACAAUUCUAAUCUUCCUUCGUCCACCGAGUUUUUCCUGUCGGAGGUGGACCAGUACCUACAGCGGAAUUUCCACGUGUUCCGGGGAGUAGUGGAAGUUUACAGGGUCCAGUACGUGGUUCCGGACAAAAAGACGGUGGCCCGGAAAGAGUCCGUGCUCGAUGAGAACUCUUUUUGUGUGCGGAAGGAGAAAAAGAAGAUUCUGAUAUGUGAAAUUCCUAUCACUAUACCCAAGUAUCACGUGGAACCUGCACCUUUGCCUGUCCAAGCACCGGUUGUCAUUCGGAACGAUUCGGACCCCGUUAACGACGACUUAAUGCGCCAUCUAGCGGCAGACAUGGGUGACGAAUGGCGGAAAGUGGCGAUGACUCUAAAUAUCAGCAGGGCGCGGAUCCAGGCAAUUCUCAGAAACACGCAGAUAGGCGAGUCAACGGAGGAAGACGCGCGCUAUCAGAUGUUGAUCACAUGGUUGAAGAAAAUGCCGAAAUCCAUUGAUAAGGUUACAGUUUUGACCAAUGCAUUUAUGAAGAAUGGCCGACCUGAUUUGGCAGAGCAAGUCCGCAUCAAAGACGAGGCAUUUAAACGGAAUUGAAGAAAUCGCAAUAAAAGUCGGAUCGGAGUCGGUUAAAGUAACUUCGUUAAAAAUUAAUGCCAAUAUUUGCACCAAACGGAGGUUUAUGCAUGCUGUGAUAAUUUUCAUAAUGUAUCUUCAUUGUAUGUGUUUUAUAUUAUUACACAACAUAUUAAGCUCGAAAUAAGUGAUCCUUCUUAAUUUAGAUUCUACACACAUAUAUUGAUGCAAGAAGGAUUCAUGUGUAGAAAAAAUAGCACAAUGUUUAUAUAGAAACAACCUACAUAUACAUGUAUAGAACAAUGCAUGUGAGAAAAUGUGCUUAAUAAUACACUUUACCAUGUAUAUUAUUUAACACAUCUUCUGAUUUUUAAUGUGAUAUUUCAUAUUUUACAUGUAUUUUUUACAAAACAUUUGUACUAUUUACUAUUGGCUUCCUGCAAUAAGUUCUUGUUGCCAAGCAAUUGUGUUUAUUUAUUUGUUUGCUUUUUUAAAGAGAUGUCCUUGCUAUUUUGAUAAGAACUAUGUAUUUAGAACUUGAAUUUGUAAUAGACAACACAGUAUAAGUAAUAAUUUCUGUAGUUUACCUUGUUAAUCAACAUCUGCGAGCAAUUUCUCGGUAACUUGGGAUAAAAAUUACGAUGGAUGAAUAAUUAUCUUUUCAAGUGGGAGUUACCGCUCUUUAUCACAUAGAUAGUGUACCUUAAGACCAGUGUUUACACGUCAUUAUAUGCACUCCUGAGUUAUUGAGACCUUAUCCAUUACAGUUUUGAUUAUAAUGGUCGUAUGUGUUGUCUGCAAAUGAAUCGCUUCCUUAAUUAUCCAGUAGACGUGAGUAAAAUGCUGUUAUAGCAACGGAUUCGUGUAAUUUAUCACACAUGAAAACAGUUGCGUCAUCAUUAAAUUAUUUGACAUUGUUAUUUAUUGUCAUGCACUGAAUUAAAUAAAGAGUCUAGAUUCUAAAAAAAAAUA